CGAUGAUUCUGCGCGUGUCCUAUCCCCCCACCGCAUAUAUAUCAUCUUCAGGAAGUGGGAGCGUCGGUUAUGGGUCCUUUUCAAGUUAUUAUAUAGUCGGUAGGAAGUUGGGGACCACUGCCGCAAAUCACGGCUAAAUAAAUAGGACCUCGCGGCGCUUUCUUCUCUAGUCUCACUCACACUCAACACCGAGUCCAGCCUGCAAUUCUCCCAAAGCAAAAGCAAAGCAAAUCAACUGCUACUCAGCUUUCGGUGGAAGCGAAAUGGCGAAGGAGAUCGGAUUCUUCGAAUUGAACACCGGAGCUAAGAUGCCGUCGGUGGGCCUCGGCACUUGGCAGGCUGAACCUGGCCUCGUCGGAGCCGCCGUCGAGGCCGCCAUUAAGGUUGGCUACCGCCAUAUCGAUUGUGCUCGAGUUUAUAACAACGAAAAGGAGAUUGGCGAGGUCUUCAAGAAGCUGUUUGAGGAGGGUGUGGUCAAGCGAGAGGAAUUGUUUAUUACCUCAAAGCUCUGGUUAAUCCUCUACUUUGAUUGAUCUAAUUACCUGACAUGUUUUUCAUAAAACGAAAAAUGUUAUCUUACUGUGAACGAGCAACAGGUGCAACGCUCAUGAUCCAGAAGAUGUUCCAGGAGCACUGGAAACCACUUUGGCAGAGCUUCAGCUUGAUUACGUUGAUCUCUACCUUUAAGCAGGCCGGAAGAUUAAAUCGAACAAUACUAUAUGUUUCACAGAUUCACUGGCCAGUCAAAAUGAAGAAAGGUGCCGUUGGGUUUGUAUCGGAGAACCUUCUUCCACCGGAUAUCCCCAGCACCUGGCGAGCAAUGGAAGCACUCUAUGCUUCAGGCAAGGCUCGUGCUAUUGGUGUCAGUAACUUCUCUGUGAAGAAGCUGGGAGAUUUGUUGGAGGUGGCUCGUGUGCCUCCUGCUGUGAAUCAGGUGGAGUGCCAUCCAGCAUGGCAGCAGCCCAAACUGCGUGCAUUUUGUCAGUCCAAGAACGUUCACCUAUCAGGGUAUUCACCACUGGGAUCUCCUGGAACUACAUGGAUCAAGGGGGAUGUCCUCAACAAUCCAAUCCUGACUGAGGUUGCAGAGAAAUUGGGGAAAACUCGUGCUCAGGUGGCGCUACGUUGGGGCCUGCAAAUGGGUCAUAGUGUACUACCAAAGAGUACAAAUGAAACAAGGAUCAAGGAGAACAUUCAAGUCCACGGCUGGUCUAUCCCUGACGACUUAUUCGCUAAAUUCUCCGAAAUUGAACAGGCAAGUCUUAUUUCUUUUUCUUUUGGUGUAAGGCUUGUGAGCGGAACUGGAUUCGUGCAUGAGACCUACGGCGCUUACAGGAGCAUCGAGGAGUUGUGGGACGGUGAAGUCUGAAUUGCACGUCUGGAAGUGCAAAUUGGUGAAUGAAGGCAAUGGCGAACUUGUGUGAGCCCACCGCCCGAGGCAGUAGAUGCUUCUCUAGUUUAAAUUUCAUUCUGUGCUUAAGAAAUUGAGGUGAACUGUUGUUGGUUGAUAACUUUCGGUGGUGGCUUUAAGGACGGCAUAAAUUUACUGCCUUGGAAGUUGAUUGAUUUGUGAUGAUUGCAGUAUUGUUUUCAAUGGGAACCGUAGUCGAAUUGUUUGCAGGGUGCAAUUUUUCAAAUUAGAAGACAAACUCAUAUAGAUUUCGGUUUAGCCAUUGCACUC